AUGAUGGCUUUCCAGGGGUGCACCCCCUCCAUGCAGGUGUAUUGCCGUGCGGCGCAGCGCGGCACCCUCGUGAUCACGGCCUCCAAGGCCGUGACGCACAAGAAGCAGGUCAUCCUGCUCAAGGACGUGCGGGGCCUGGGCAAGCAGGGCGAGCUGUGCGAGGCCCCUGUCGGCUACGUCCGCAACUACCUCAUCCCGCAACGCCAGGCCUCCCCCGCCUCCCCUGCCAUCCUGGCCAGGCUGCAGUCCGAGAGGGACGCGGAGGCAAAGCGGGCGCAGGAGGUGCUGGGCAAGGCGCGGGCCAUGGCCCUGGCCCUGAGCACCAUUGGCAAGUUUGUGAUCAGGAAGAAAGUGGGCACCUCGGGCCAGCUCUUCGGCUCCGUCACCACCGCCGACGUGGUGGCCGUGAUCGAGCAGCAGACGGGGCGGAGCCUGGACAAGAGGGCCGUGAACCUGCCUGAGAUAGCUGCCCUGGGGAGCUACCUGGUCUCCAUCCGGCUGCACCCAGAUGUGGUAGGGGAGUUCCAACUUGUGAUCCAGAAGGACACCUCGGCUUGA